CUAGGGGAGGGUGUUCUCCUGCCAUGUACAGUGAACCUUGACAGUGUUUGAAUGUGGUUCGGUGGAUGAGUAUAUGUGCAUUGCAACACAUUUCAAAAGUGCUGUAAUUUGUGUGGGACCUUACACACGAAACAUUGUGCUUGUUUUUUCUGUCUUCAGCUGAUAAUAAAUGUCACAGCAAGGUGAUUGCAGGCUGAUUGCAGUAUGUGAUAGUGUAACGACAUAGUGUGAGGACGUUGUGUGAGGACAAUGAGCUGGUUCAAGAGGGGGAGUGUUCGGCAGGAGGGCCGAGUGGCUGGCUCCCCUGACCAUCUAUCCAAUCAGAACAGACGGGACACAGACCCUCAGACUUGUCUGGAGGUGUUCCGCAAUCACUGGCAACAGGCUCUGAAUGUCAUCGAGAGCAAGAAGGAUGGAAGCAAGGGAACUGUGGAUGACAUUGACACUGUAAUACAUAACUUUGAGCACAUGGUCACUUUGCUCGUCGGGGAAGAAGGAAUUGAUGGAAUGCCUGGACCAAUUUUACAUUUUCUUCUUGAAAAAGAAGUGUUUGAAAAAUUCUGUGCUUUGAGCAUGCCAACAAGAGAAGGGCUUGGAAAACUGAAAUAUGAUCAGCUGCGAAUGUUUGAACUCGCUAUCAACCAGUCCAAACAGCUCCUGCUGAUCCACAAGCCAGUUAUUCGACCACUGAUGAAGCUGCUCUCCUCCUGCACCGACCAGACCAUCCAGUCAGAGGAGAUCGAGUACCGCACUGUCCUCGUGCUGCACCAGAUCUGCGUCUGCAUCUCGCAGCAGACAGUCAUCCUUGAGAGCUUCUUCAACACCAACGCUGACCAUGGUCCAGCCCGAUUCCUCAUCUUCUCCCUGCUCAUCCCCUACAUCCACAGAGAGGGGCCGAUCGGCCAGAAUGCUCGUGAUGCUCUCCUCCUGCUGAUGGCCUUGUCAGCCAAGUAUCCCCACAUAGGCCAGUACACCGCAGACUCAGAUUUCUGUCCUGUGUUGGCCACAGGCCUGUCUGGACUGUACUCAUCACUGCCACGCAAGAUAUCGCCACCGAGUGAGGACUGGUACAUGGUGACUGAUGAAGACAUUGCCAGGAUGCCCGAUCUACAGAUGUUCCUCAACUCCCUGGAGUUCUGUAAUGCUGUCAUCCAGAUUGCCCAUCCAUUAGUGAAGAACCAGUUGAUCAAGUACAUCUAUGAUGGGUUCCUGGUACCAGUGCUGGGUCCAGCUCUCCAUCAGGAUAUCCCUGGCCUUCCAUUACCACUCCUAGAUACGGGAAUGUUUGCGAAUUCCCGAGAGGAAGUGAUGACAGCCACCGCCUACCUUGACCUAUUCCUACGACGUAUCACGGAGCCAGUUCUCAUCCGGGCUGUACUCAAGUUUAUACUGCUGGAGAAGAAUGAUGAGAUCGUCAUCCUUGAUUCACUGAUCACCAGAAUCAACUCCAGUUCACGGCUGUCUCUGGUGUCACUGUCGCUGUUCAAGACGUUGAUCAAUCUCAACUGUGAGGAUGUCAUGCUCCAGCUGGUCUUCAAAUACCUGAUUCCCUGUACCCACGUAAUGGUCAGUCAACGAAGGUCGGUGAAGGACCUUGACCUUUACAGUAAAAGUGCGGAGAAGUUCCUGUCUCUGCGUCCGUCCUGCUGCAUGUCGAGGAGCACGGAAAGCCCUAAAUCCUCCUCUCACAGUAACGAUAAGACACUUCCCUCGACCAGCUCUCUAAAUGAUAGAAACAGUAGAACUAGACGACCCUCGAGCAGUCCUAACCCAAUCGCAAGGCCCAACAAACCUUUUGGAGAUUUUUUCUCCCGAAAGAACUCCAAGACUAAACGAAGCAAUUCCCAGCUUGUACCGGCAACACAGGAAGCUGUUAGAAGAAGCCCACAAACACCCAUUACUCCUGAAACGAGAAUCGAGGACUUUGAAACAAGUUAUUUUGAAUAUUUGCAUGAUGCUCGUUAUCGAUUGACAAAAUGUGCCCGAGCAUGUCGGAACUGGUCUGCCCCUUAUAAUGGAGAGACACCGCCCCCGGAUUGUUUCCUUGACAAGAUAGCCAGUGAGAACAAAGCUGAUGGUGAUAAAAGUCAGUCAGAUUCGCGGGUAAAACCUGCAUCGGAUUUGGGAGGAGACAGGACAGGUGUUGAGGAGACGACAUCUCCCAGAGUCCAACUCUUCUCCCACGGCAAUAUGAACUCUAAGAACAGUGGAGUAGUAGCCGAUGUGAUUGUUAACGGCUGUAUGGACAACUCGACGGACAAGAUGGAGCCAGGAAGAGACAUGUCAUCUUUGUGCAAUAACUCAUCCCAUAGUGAGAUGGUGAAGUCGCCAAGUCUUUCAAAACUGUUUUCAUCGUUAGAUAGUUUAGAUUCUUUUAUUCGCUACCUGGAUGAAUUUGACCCAGCUGAUGAUUCAGCUUCUUCUAUAGAGGACAGUAUGCAGAGUUUAGAAUCGGUGCUAUCAAAUAUGUCCCAUUCUUUCAAUGCGACUUCAGUUGGGAAUGACACUAUUUUGUACUCCCAGGAGUCAAACAAGUCAGGGAGCAGCUUUCACAGUUCUGUCCGGUCCAACGUGGAUGUUCCGUGCAGCCUCAACCUCAGGGAUAUGUCGAGUUACGUGGAGAUCACAAUGUCCUCCCCGGACCGGUCCAACGCCCAGAAGGUUCUGCAGGAGCUGCCUCAACGAAGCUUCCUGACCCCUGACCUGACGCUGUCGCCGAGUCGAUGGACGGAAGUGGACAUGCCCUUCAGUAUGGCUGCCAGCCCCUCCCCCUCUGUCGCCUCCCGGGCCUUCACACCACGCUACUCCAGCAGUGCACCCAACAUAGGUCCCUUCCUGGCCGCGGUGUUCUCCAAGCUGGAGAGUAUGACCCAGAACUCUCUGUACAUGAACCUGCUGCUGACCGGCAUCGUGGCCCAGCUGGGAGCCUACCCCCAGCCCAUACUCCGGUCCUUCUUGCUAAACCACAACCUCGUCUUUCAACCCACAGUCAAGUCACUGGUGCAGGUGCUAUCCUCUGUGCGCCAGAGAGUGGACAACUAUGCCUUAACUAUCCCCAACUUUGAAAACCUAAUCAUCCUCGCUCGCAAGAAUCUUCUGUCCCGAGAAGAGAGUUACUUCAGUGCAGGGUUCCACCCUGUGCCGGCGAGUCUUGGGUCAUCUCCGGUCAAACCUGCUCGGGCAGCAACCAUCUCCGAGAUCCCAACGAAAGAAAAGCGAAGCCCUUCCCAAUCUCUCCGUGACCUGUUGUUUCGACGGAGCCCAGCCAGCAAGAAAGGCCUUAAUAUUGGGAACAAAGGGACACAACUCCAGCGGGUUCCGGGGGGAGUAGGCUAUCUGUUCAUCAAUCGAACCCAUGACGAGCCAUCCAACAGUGCAGAGGAGUCACUGAAGACAUGGAACGCUGUCUACUGCGCCAUCAUCCUAGAUGAGUUCACGAAGGAAUUAGCUGCCCUUGCUCAGGAGCAUGCAAUCCUCAGCAUGGACGAGGGAGGAUUAUUCAAGCUGGAGUCAUGACAGAGAGUGUGUAUCCAAGUGACAGUUGCCAUGACGACACCCUCAACCACUCCCUCCAGACAUGCACAGACAGCAUACUUCACAUAUCACCACCUCUGUCUAGGGGGCGCCACACAUGGGGCGACGUCUCUCAUACCAAUACACCCUCAGCCCCAGCAGGGAAAGUGUGGGGCUAGAACUGUCAGCAGAGCCUUGUGUCCAAGUGUCUCCAUCAUUUAUGAAGAUUACCUUCUGCCUGUAUAAACAUGCUGGCUUAUGUUAACCUUAUGUGAAUAGUCCAUUAGAGAAAGAAUAUUUACACCAACCUAGUGAUAGAUUUACACCAGGAACAAAAAAACAACUUUCAGUAAUCUUGGCUAAAAACAGUAAUCAAAUUUCUGAAAUUUGAAUUUUUUAUUGCUUUGAGGGUAAAUGUCUAGUGAGAUUUGUGAAGGCAUUGAUGGGAUUAUUUCACAAGGAACACUGUUGACAAUGCUUCUGAAUAAUUUAACCUGCCAUUUGCCGUUAUUGAAGUCAUCAGAAGUAGAGCACUCGGUGCUGACUCAUGAUUUUUUGAAUAGCUGCACGAUGUUGAUGUGUGGAAUGUCAGUAUUCACUUGUUAACUCUCGACACAGUGGAUGUUUCAAUGGUACAAACUUAGGAUUUGAACACCUUGUCUACAGUAUGGACUGAGGUCGGCUUGUCUCCUCUAGAGUUGAUUACCUGUAUCUCCCAAUCUUGGAGCAGGUCACACACAACACUUCAAUGUAAAUGAAAGACAUUUUGACAAUACAAAAUUUCUUUUUCAUCAUAUUUUCUGCACAGUGAACUGGUUCGUGAGUUGUCCAUUUUAAGGUUUUCAUAUGAUUUUUAGGUGUUUAUUUACGAGAGAUGAGAAUGCUUCUAUAUCCAGUUGAGCGUUGAAUAUUACAUAUAUCUAUUCAUAUAUUGCUGCAAUAUAGGUACAAUAUGUACUAUCAAAGAUUGUUUAUAGGAGCAUGGCACAAAUAUCACACAUGCUACAACUAUCUGAAAAAUAAUAUUAGUGAAAUGAUAUAUCUCUGUAAUUUUUCAAAUCAAGACUUCCUUCAUUUUAGUUCUUGUUUAUCUAGUUAGGCACUGAAACAUCUGUCAGACAAGUACCAAUCAGUGAUUUGAACAAAAACUGAGCUUUGUAUUGUAUAUUUCUGAAGCUGUACCUUUUGAAAUAAGAACCACAGACAAUGAUGCUUGAUAGCAGUGUCCUGAUUCUGAUAGCGAUGACUUUGUUUCUAACACUGGUUCCUGUACAUGUUGCUUUAUACAGCUCAUUCAGACAUCGUGAUGUGUGUGUGAGAUUGAGAUACAUCACAUAGUUACUAGCUUUUGCUUUAUUUUCACCCACAAUCUCAUUAAAAUCAGAUCUUAGUUCUCGCUACCGCUAAACAAAGAUCUGAGGACAUCCAAUUCAGGUCACGUCAGACCGACCUUGCGUGAACUUCGACCGACCAAUGGAAUGACC